CACGCCUUACUGACUCGACUGAGUCGCGUCCUAACCGAGUGCUCAGCAACGUUCAACCAUGGCCGCUAACGCUGAUGAGACCUGCAUCUUCUGCAUGAUUAUUGCUGGGAAGAUUCCCAGCUUCAAGGUCUACGAAUCCGAUCUCACCCUGGCGUUCCUUGAUAUCAGCCCAGUAUCUGAAGGGCAUACACAGGUUAUUCCUAAAUACCAUGCAAAGACAAUCGGAGAUCUGCCAGACGAAUAUCUUUCUGACAUAGCUGUCAUAUGCAAGAAGGUCGCACUUGCCACAGAAGUUGAGCAAUACAACAUCUUGCAGAACAAUGGAAAGAUGGCUUUCCAGCAUGUCGACCAUGUGCAUUUUCACGUCAUCCCCAAACCGAGCGAAACAGAAGGCCUCGUUUUGAAUAUUGAAACUAACUGGCCGCAGAAGAAGCCCUCGAAGGAAGAUCUGGCUGUGACGCUGGAAAAGAUGAAAGCUAGGCUAUAAAUUGUCCACCCGAUAUAUUCGAAUUAAUCGUGGCAUGGAAUUGAACAAAAUGUAUUGAUUGUUCCCGUCUUGUAAUUUGCAAAAUGCAUAUUAUGAUAUAACAAAUGAAAGCCAACAGCAC